AUGGUCUCGGCCACUACCCACCUGCCCUUGACACUCCAGGGCCAGGCUCCGUCCCUCAGCACCGACUCCAGGGAGCAUCGGGACAGGGCUGAGCCAUGGCGCCUGGGUCCUCCAACCUCCUGGGCCUGGGGCUGUGCCCUCAGCUUUGGCCCAGACCCAAGUGACGGGAAAGGUUCGGUCCUGGACACGGCCUGGGUGUGGGGGACCCUCCGCAAACCCACCAUCUGGGCUGAGCCAGGCUCUGUGGUUCCCUUGGGGACCCCUGUGCCCAUCUGGUGUCAGGGGAUCCUGGAGGCACAGGUGUUCCAUCUGGAUAAAGAGGGAACCUCAGUCCCCUGGGACAGACAGAAACGCCCGGGGCCUGGGGACAAGGCCCAGCUGGCCAUCCCACAGAGGACCGAGCAGCACGCAGGGAGCUCUCAGUGCUACUUCAGAACCCCCACUGGCUGGUCAGAGCCCAGUGACCGCCUGGAGCUGGUGGUGACAGGAUCCUACAGCAAACCCAGCUUCUUUGCCCUGCCGAGCCCUGUGGUGACCUCGGGAAGGAACGUGAUCCUCCAGUGUGGCUUCCUUCGGGGAUUGAACAGAUUCUUUCUGACCAAGGAAGGAGAAGAUGAGUCCUCUUGGACCGUGGAUGGAGAGCGACACCCUGACGGGCAGAUACAGGCCCUGUUCCCCGUGGGCCCCGUGACCCCCGGGCACAGGUGGACGUUCAGAUGCUACGGCUUUUACAGGGACACCCCCAGGGUGUGGUUGGCCCCCAGCAACACCCUGGAGCUCCUGGUCCCAGGGCUGUCUGGGAAGCCCUCCCUCCUGACCCCGCAGGGCCCUGUCGUCACCUCUGGACAGAACCUGACCCUCCAGUGUCGCUCUGACGUUGGCUACACCAGAUUCGCUCUGUCCAAGGUGGGGGGACAGGACCUCCCUCAGCGCCCUGCCCGGAGGCCCCAGGUGGGGCUCGCUCAGGCCGACUUCCUCCUGGGCCCAGUGGGCACCGUCCACGGGGGCGGGUACAGAUGCUACGGUGGACACGGCCUCUCCUCCGAGUGGUCGGCGCCCAGUGAGCCCCUGGAGCUGCUGGUGGUAGGAGAGGACCCAGCGGGACGGCUCAGACACAGACCUUCCCUCUCGGUGCAGCCAGGCCCCUCAGUGGCCCCGGGGGAGACCGUCACCCUGCUGUGUCAGUCAGGAAACAGGACGGACACUUUCCUUCUGUCCAAGGAGGGGGCAGCCCAUCGUCCCCUGCGUCUGCGCUCCCAGGACCAAGACGGGUGGUACCAGGCCGAGUUCUCCUUGAGCCAUGUGACCUCAGCCCACGGGGGCACCUACAGGUGCUACCGCUCACUCAGCACAGACCCCUACCUGCUGUCACAGCCCAGUGAGCCCCUGGCGCUCGUGGUCUCAGGAGGUUCAGAGGAUCAGCCCGCCCCUCAGUGGAGUCAGGAACAGCAGAGUAAGAGCUCCUCGUCUGUAAAACAGGUGGGAUGGGCUGGAGAUGGAUGCACAGACGCCAGCACAAGUCUGCACACGGCCCUGGUUCCAGUCCCGGCUCUGCCCCGUCCAGGCUGGGUCACCAGGGCCCGACUCACGUGGUUCCUGAGUGUCCUCAUCGGGGUCUUGGUGACCUUCGUCCUGCUGCUCCUCGUCCUCCUCUUCCUCUUCCUCCUACACCAGGGUCAGGAAAGACGCAGGAAGUCAGAUGCUGCCGUGAGCGACGCACACUGAGGUGGGGCUGCAGCUGGACCAUCGGGCUGCCACAUCUGAAGCCCCCCAGGACAUGGCCUAUGCCCAGCUGAACCACUCGACCCUCAGAAGGGGGACAGCCGCACCCCCCAGCCCCCUGGAGGGGGAGCCCCCAGCGGACCCCAGUGAGCACGUGGCUCUCGCCAUUCACUAGCCCAGGAAGGACCUGACCCCAGGCUCCAGAGAUGAGAUCUCAGGGACCCCAGGAGGCACGGGAGCUGCCAGCAGUGGGCACAACCUAACGACCAGCAGUCAGUACCUGGGCUCCUAACAGACCACCAGGAGCCCCUGGGACCCUUUCGGGUCAACUGGUUGUACCCUCAAAGAUAACCAAUAUCCUGACAUUCAUGAAGUAAUGCAACAGACUUGUCUAAAAUCAGUGUGUGGAUGAAAAGAAAACUGGCUCCAAGCUCCACUCCCUCCUGGAAGCUGAAGGGGACAGUCUCACUGAGUUUCUUGGAAUAAUGGAACUUAUUAAGCUGGUGGGAAUCAGGCUCCCUGUUGGCUAAGGGUUCUGCCCAGCUUCCAGCAGCUGUCCCAGUCCUUGCCUUGUGGAUCCUCGCUUCAUCUUUGAAGCCCAAAUGGAAGAUGAGACUUGCUGCCUCUCUCUGAAUGCAUCGGCUGCUCCCCUCUCCCACUGCUGAGGACGUGGGUAACUCUUUGGACCCCUCUAGCUAAUUUAGGAUCAUGCCCCCUUCUCCUCUCAGUCGCAGCUGCAUGAUCCUUCUUGCCAUGUGAGGUAACAUGCCCCAGGCUUGGGGGAUAGGAAAGUAGGUAUCUUUUUGGGGGGGUCUUUAUUCUGCCCAUCACACAUUGUAAGUGCACGCACCAUUCAAUGGUUACUAGUAAACGUAUACAGUUGUGCAACCACACAAACCAGUCGCAGAACACAUUUCUCCGUCCCUCAAACUUUGCUUGCCUGUCUGCAGGUGUGCUCUGAUCUCGGCCGUAGGUGGCCACUGAUUUGCUUUUUGUGUUUAUAAAUUUGCUUUUUAGGAUAUUUCAUAUAAAUAAGAUUAAAAAUAUUUAGUCUUUUCAUCCAGGCUGUUUUCCUAAAUUUAGCAUAAUUUCUUUUGAAUUUUUUUCCGUGUUUAGCAUUGACCUAUAGCUUCUUUUUUUCCUGUUGACUAUAUUCCAGGGAUUGUAUGUACUGUGUUCUGUUCAUUCAUUUACCAAUUAAUAAACACUUGAAUUGCAUCCAAUUGUUGACUGUGAUGAAUAAGCUUGCAAAAAAAUGUUCCACUAUGUCUGUGCAUGUACAAAGA